AUGGCCAGUACAACCCAUAAUCCCACUGUGUUAUUGAAACGCUUAUUUUCUUUAAAGGAUACCUCUCCUCUAUACCUUAUUAUAGAUUCAAUGGCACAAACUGCCCAAACUAGUGUAUUACACGAGAUUGCCUUUCACACUAAAAAUAAUACACAUAAUGCCAAAAAUAACGUGAAAAUAAUCUAUAUAUCGUUCGAAACUUCUAACACUCCAUCAUAUUGCGAUGAAUUUAUAGAUGCAUCACGUUUUACUUCCACUAAAGAAUUAUUACAUGUUUUAAACUCUGUAUUGGAAAAUGGAAAAAAGGAAACAACGGAUAUUUACAGGAUUUUAUUGAUAGUCGAUUCAAUUAAUUACAUAAAUAAUACUGAAAUCACAGAAUUUAUCCAAGCUAUUUUCAGUCCACAUACUACACUAUGUGUGGUUUAUCAUAAGGAUAUAGACGAGAACGAAAAUCAUACUAAUAAUCCCCUCUAUCAUCAAAAGCAUAUGCAAAGUUACUACCCAAACACACUAAAAUUAUUGAAAUAUAUAGCUACUAAUAUUUUUGAAACCUUUCCAAAUUUGGAUACAAAUAAGUAUGUUGCGGAUGAAGAAGAAUUGGAAGCCUGUUUGAAUGAUAAGUUUAUUGUUCCAAGAGGAUUAAAUAACUAUCAGUCAUAUAACUUGACCUUGACAAAUAAAAGGAAGUCCGGAAGAUCUUUGAUAUUUGAGUUUGUAAUCGAUUCCAAAACUCAUUCAUAUAUCAACUAUAGUGAUUACGUAAGGGAUAGAAAGCAAGAUCGUGCAACAAUUUCAGAUACAUCAAUGAAUAAUCAAGAUAUGUUUAACGGAUUGACAACUUUUAAUUUGAAUAUUUCGGAUAAGCAGAAACGUGCUAAAGAGCAGGUUGAAUUACCAUAUUUAGAAGCACAGAAUUUUAACUCAGGUGGUGCAAUUGUAUAUGAAUUUGAAAAAGACGAUGAUUACGAUGAAGAGGACCCCUAUGAAGAUCCAUUUUAG